UGCCGCUCCGACAGCAGCGGAGCAGCCGCACCGGGGUGCCCAGAGGCUCCGCCGCUGGCACCGCAGCUCCCCCGGCGCACCCCACGCUCCCCACCGCGCUGCCGGUGCGGAGGGGCGGGCCGGGGAGGCAGCGGGCGGGCCGUGCCGAACCGAGCCGAGCCGUGCCGCCCCUCGGCUGUCCCCGCCCCGCGCCGGUCUGAGCCCAGCCCUCCCGGCGGCGGGGCCGGCUGCGCCGCUGUGCCAUGCGAGGCUUUAAACGGCAGGUGCGGGGGAGCGAGGCAGACGCGCAACCGGAGGCUGCGGCGGCCCGGCGGUAGCGGCGGCGGGCGGGCGCCUUUCGGCUCGGCGGGAGCCGCGGCGGAGCGGAGCAUGUCGGUGGCGACCGGGGGCAGCGAGGCGGCGGCAGCGGGCGGCGGCGGCGGGAACCGCGUUUUCUUCCAGAGCCCCCGCGGCGGCGGCGGGAGCGGCGGCUCCUCCGGCGGCUCCUCCCGGGAGGACUCGGUGUCGGCGGUGGUGCAGGUCCAGCAGCGGCGCCACCAGCAGGGGAAAGUCACGGUGAAAUACGAUCGGAAGGAGCUGCGGAAGCGGCUGGUGCUGGAGGAGUGGAUCGUGGAGCAGCUGGGGCAGCUCUACGGCUGCGAGGAAGAAGAGAUGCCAGAUGUAGAAAUUGACAUUGAUGACCUUCUUGAUGCAGCCAAUGAAGAGGAGAGAGCUCUCAAAUUACAGGAAACUCUUGUAGAUUGCUACAAACCAACAGAGGAAUUUAUCAAAGAGCUGCUAUCUCGGAUAAGAGGAAUGAGGAAACUCAGUCCCCCUCAAAAGAAGAGUAUAUAAAUAACUCAAAGUAGUAGCACUCUGUAAAAGACAUGGCAAGGGAAAUGGGACUUUGAAUACAAGACCUCUAUUAAAAUAAUUGUCUGUCUUCACAACUUUUUUGAUUUCAUUCAGUUUUGACUCAAGGAAUUUAUUUUGUGUGUUUUAAGGGUUCUUUUUUAAGUGUCAAUUUUUUUUAAAUCAAGAAUAUCAACAAUUUGGAUGCUGCUCAACUUUCACUUGAGGAUUACUGAAGCAAGUGAAGAAUCCAAGAGUUAGUGAUGAUGGGCAGCAAGCCUGCUUGGUGAACCAGAAGAUCUUGUAAAUUUACAGAGCUAGGAGACUUCUCCUUGCAACAAGUUGGAUAACAUUGAAGUUGGUUGUACAUUUAACUCAUGGAUGUCAAGUUUCUUGUGCUUGUCUGUACAUAAAUUAUAAAGUGGGUUGUGAAUACUGUUUCACAUGGAUGGAAGGAAGUUUGUUACAGUAAAUUAUUUAAAUGGUGGUUAUUGCGAAUUUGCUACCAGAAGGUACCAAUUAAGAUUACUAAAAUGAGUGCUGCCAUUUUUCUAAAUACCCUUAAAGCAGCCCAGUGAAGAAUUUCAUUAUAUCUUCUUAUUUAGACUGCAGCAUAUGAGAAUUGGGAAAUUUAAGGGCUUAAUUUGUAGACUUAAAAGUUAUUUGAUUGAUGCUUUGCCAGAUCAUUUCUUCUCCACCUCAUGGUGUCUUGGAACUGUGCUAACCUAUACUGAAUAAGGGCCUGCAGUGAUAUCUAGAGAAAUGUCUAUCACCAUUUAAAAGCUGCUUCACAUUGGAGGAAAGGCAGUGCUACCAAAAUUAAUUACAAGCACUGUUUGUAUUUAGUGAUGUGGUCUUAAUUGAAUGCAGAUUCCUUUCCUGUUAAAGUGGGCAAAGAAUAUUACAGUCUUUGUUUAUGGCUUUGCCCUGAGAAGUGGGGAGACUUCUUAACUUGGGCUCUGUUACUUGUAAAAGCAGAACAGAAGAGAUCCCUGCUCCCUCCUGGAAAAUGCCCAUGAAAAUGUUCAAUAAGCUACCAUUUACUGGUAGGUGACACUAGUCAGGCAUUUUAUAUCAAGGGUGCUCUGAACACAUUUUAUUUUUCAAAAGAAGUACAUGUUUGUGAAUUUUAUGUAUACUGGCAAGCUUUUUUAAUGUAUUUAAUUUUGUAAUGUUUACUGAUGAUUUUAUUUACCAAAUAUUUACUCAAAUAAAUGGAACAACUUGUGACUUGUUACAUGUA